AUGUCACGAGCGGGAACAUGGCUCAAGAUGGCCGGCGUCGGCAUCGUCAUUUGCGUUGGCGGCCCUGCCCUCGUCGAGAAACUCCGCCCCACAGACGCAGAACUCGUCAAGCGAUACAAUCCGGAGCUCCGAGAGCGUAGUCUGCGAGAAGGUGACCGACGCGCGCAAGAGUUCGACGAUUACGUUACCAAACUGAAGGAGUGGUCCAAGUCGGAUAAGUCGAUUUGGUUUGCGGCGAAGGAGAUGGAGGAGAAGAAGCUUGCUGAGCAACAGGAACAGCAGAGCCAGGCCAAGGACCAGGCCAGGAUCCAGAGGGAGGAGAUGCGAAAGGAAUUGAUGGGUGAGAAAUAG